AUCUUUAGCAAAAUGAAUCUAAUUUUUGUAGCGCUUAACUUGUCUUCUACUCCCGCUUCUGGGAUCGACGCAAUUCAUAGACACGGACAGCGAGAAUGGAACUGUGGCCAACUCCACUUCGAGACCCUGGAUGGCUUUUCUCUACUCAAGUGACGGAAGAUUCAAUUGUUUCGGAUUUCUGAUCACAAACCGACUUGUUCUAACUGCUGCUCAUUGCAUUCUUUCUAAAACUGCUAUAAUUGCUCGGCUGGGAGACUACGACGAUGCACAUAAUCAAGUAGUGGCUAGGGUGCAGAGUAGCCACAUGCACCGUCUUUACAACCAAAGAAAUCUGACCAACGACAUUGCCAUUCUCGCUCUGGACAGGAAAGUGGAGUACACAGAUAAGAUCAGGCCCAUCUGCAUUGUACGAGACACCAGAUGGAGGAAGAGCAUCGACUCCUUGAACCCACUGACUAGCGCAGGAUGGGCCAAGAUGGAGUCUAAGAGUGACAGUGUCAAAAUAAGAACCCUGGAAUUAGUACGCAGACAGCCGGCGAUUUGUCAGAUUGAUGCCACUACUCCACUGACGACCAGUCAGUUCUGCGCGGGCAGCGGGGAAAGCAAUCUGGGUAACGGCGAUUCCGGCAGUCCGGUGGGAGGUUUGAUCCCAUUCGGAAAAUCGCAACGUUUCAUUCAAGUCAGGAAUCGCUAG